ACAUCACCUUGUCCAACCUGAAGAGACUGACAAGGAGGGGAUACUUGGGGGGAUUAUAAAACUGUGUGGGGGGGUUUAUAAAAACUGGAACAUGUAGGCAACUAGUUGGGAGCUGGGGUUCAAUAAGAAAUCUUAUUUGGUCAGAUGGGGCAAGUGCUUAGAAUGCUCUGUUUUGAGGUAGUGAGCUACCUAUGACAGGAGUACAAGCAAGGUUGAAUGACCAGAGGUCAGGAUGCUUAAGAUUUUGGCCUUGGUGGGGAGUUGGAGUCAGGUUUCCAUCCCCUUCCCUGUCCCAGCCUUUGCAAUAUACUCAGAAAGAAAUAGACCUUAUCAUUGUCCAGCUUGAGUAGGACAUGUGGUCUUGACCAAUUGACCUGCCCCCUGGCUGAGAUCAGGGGAGAUUUGGAUGCUCAUCAGUCUAGAAUGAGCCAGGAAAAUCCAAUAGGAUAAGUGGCCCCAGAAGCCUGAAUGAGGGGUCUGUGGAAUCCUGGGGCAGCCGCAGAAGGCAGCCUCAGUUUCCCCUGUCUGAAGAACGGGUUGGUAGGAAGAAAAUGGGGACUAAGGAGGCAGAGGCUUUGAUCAAAAGGGUUUUAAAGUGAGGAACAGACAAGAGAACUCAGAGGUAGACCCCACACCCUCAGAACACCCAUUCAUAUAUUACCACUCCAUAGCCACACACAUGUGCACACUUGCGCACAUGCACACGUGCAUUUUUGCCUUUGUUUCUACAUCUUGUGUUCUAGGUCUGUGGUUCCCGCUCUCUUCUGCCACCUCCUUUGCUGUUGCUGUCUAAAUUCUUGUCCCAUAAUCUCUGGGUCACUAGCUCUCUUUCUGUCCCUGCUUCUCACUCGCUGUCUCUCACUCACUCUUGUAUGUAUUUUUCUCAUUCAUCAAAACUCUUUCCACAUCCCCCUCUUUAUUGCUAAGUAUUUCCCUCUGGGCCCCUCCCUCUUCGCCCACCCCCAUACCCAGGUGGAAGUUUUCAACCAAAUCAAAGGCAGGCAGGACAGAAGAAGUCGAAGCUGAUGCUGACUCCUUCAGCGCACACAGCGAGGGAGGGCGAGCCCCGGGGAAGUCUGGAAAUCGUUACCCACCCCCUCACCCCCAUCCCCCCUCUGCCGCUGGAGGUGGGCUGUCCUGGCAGAGGAAGGAGGUAGCUAAGAAGGCUGGGACCUUAUAGGAAAGGGGGGGGGGCAGUGUUUCUCGUGGAUUCCCUGAUGUGCUAGGUGACUCUGUCCUCCUUCCACUCUGUUUCUCUAUUUCUGGGUCUCUGACACGCCCCCAGGUCUCAGCCCCUCGCUCUCUGCUGUCCGGUCUCUGGGUCUCAGAUUCUAAACUCUGAAUUUCUAUUCCCCUCCCUCCCCCCACUUCCUACCCUCCUCUCCCUCUGGGUCUCCCUCCACCAUUUUUCUGAGCUUUUGUCCCCUUGGGGACUCUGCACUCUCUCAAAAGUCCUGUUCCUCCAAGCCUGGGUCUCUUACUCUAUCCAUCCAGCCAUACACUAAUAGGCCCUCCAUUGGCUGCCUUCAGGGUGGGCGGGUUCUGUCACCCGGGGCGACAGCAACAACAAGCCUGCUCCUGCUAAGCUACGGGGCAGGAGUGGGACCAUGGCGGGUCGGACCCUAGCUCUGCGCUACGGUCCCCCAUGGUCCCCCAUCUCUGGAACCGAGGUGCCCAACUGGCCCAACUGGCAUCUCACCAGCAGUGGCGUCGCCCACCACUUUAUCCCGCCCGUGUCCUUCCCCCCGCCCACUGUGCAGUCCACGGUCGCGGAGCCCCUGCCCCCAGCCGCAAAGCAGGACUUGCAUGUCUGGGCUUUCGACGAGGUCAUCAGCAGAUGGGAGACAACCUCGGGCUCAGCUCUCGUGCCUAAGACCCACGGAGGGCCCUACGCACAGCCCAAGGCCCCAGAACCUGCGAACCCCACCCGGACUGUGGGGAUCAAGGAUUUAGGGGGAAAACUGAGACAUCGCGGCUGGCGCCUCCCUCUGAUCACCAAGCACCAGUGCAGUGAGACGAAGGCGCAGUACGGCGGCUGGCCCGACCUGGACCGGGGCCCCACCUCCUACUUCGGGUCCCAGCCCCUAGAGCUUGCAGACCACCACCGAGGGGGCCCUUCCCAGGCUCUAAUCCCUUGGACCAAGAACCCCGAGCUGGCCGGCCGGCCUUUCACAAUUUCUGACCGGGGCAUACUGGACCGCCAUCAGCUCUAUCUGACCACUUCGGCCCGGGACUUUCGGCCCUAUUCGAAGAAGGAGUUGUCAAGCUAUCCUCGCAAGGAUUCGAUGACCUCAAACUUCGGGGAGACGCCCCAGGCCGGCGGCCACAGCCAGAAGCAGCUGCCCUGUCGGUCCUCCUCUCGGCCACCCCAGCCGCCGAAAAUCCGCUUGUCUCGCGGUCGCCCAGUGAUGCCCGUCGUGCCGCACCGAGGGGCGCUGACUCUGGCUCAGGAAUCCUACAACCUCCCGCUGCACCCACUCCGCCGGCUGGACCGUUUCUGCCCGCUGGAGCUGCCCUGGGGCGGCCCCCACUGGAAGCCCGUGUCAGGCAUCUACAGUGUGCCUCAUGCCUACCUCACCGAGAACUCCAACUACGGCAGCUUGAAGCCAGAGUUGGUCUGAAUCAGACCAGCCAGCCC